AUGAAAGAUUGUAGACCAAGAGAUACCUCUGUAGCUAAAGGUGAUAAAUUUAGUUUGAAUCAAUGUCCCGAAAAUGAGCUUGCGAGAAAGGAAAUGGAAUCACUUCCCUAUGCAUCAGUUGUAGGAAGUCUUAUGUAUGCACAAGUAUGCACGCGUCCGGAUAUUGCGUUCAUAGUGGACAUGCUAGGCAGAUACUUGAGUAAUCCCGGUAUGGAUCAUUGGAAAGCAGUCAAACGUGUUUUGCGGUAUCUGCAAAGAACAAAGGAUUAUAUGCUCACCUAUAGAAAAUCGGAUCAGCUUGAGAUCAUUGGGUAUUCUGAUUCGGAUUUCGUGGGAUGCCAAGGCAGUCGUAGAUCCACGUCAGGUUAUGUCUUUAUGCUCGCCGGAGGGGCUAUAUCUUGGAAAAGUGUUAAACAAACAUUGAUAGUCACCUCUACAAUGGAAGCAUAA